CUUAAUUGAUAAAAAUUUGUGCGAAACUUGAAUAGAAAUUAUCGAAGUCGAUUUUUGUCAGCGUUUUCGAGACAAAUACUCCACCGUGCGAAGUCUCGUUCGCAUCGUGUCAUGUGCUACUGGUACCGAUGGCAAAGAGAAAAGUCUUGGACGUUGUCUCCACCGGCGUCGUAUGGGGGUUAGUGAUCAGGAGACGGUAUAAAGCAGAGUGAACAUAAGACUCGUGCUCACUAAUAACAAGACAGAGGGAGAGCGUGACAUACAAAACGAUAUAAAGCGUCUUCUAACGAGACACCGCGAAUUUCCGAUUUCCGUAUUCGGCGCGAUAGUCGCCUUACGUUUCUGGAAAUAUCAGAGGAUCGUUUGCGCGAACGACUUCUGACCUGUAUCAUCAAAGGUUAAUAAUCAUUCAUUCGCGGAAAAACUGUGGAAGUGUGAACAGUGCAGUUUCGUUCGACCGAUUGUCAGGUGUUUUAUUAUAGUGAAUACCACGGAAGACAUUUUUCUCGGAUCUUGCGAUCAAGGAGACGAAAAAAGACGAGUAGGGACAAGUUAAACAAAUCAGGUCAUAACCAUGAAAUUGACGAUCCCACUACAGCAAUUCAAGAAGUGUAUACUACUGUUCCUCCUGGGCACUAGUUGCAGCAUCUUGGCAUACAUAUUCUAUAUAAUUCAUCCUGUGAAAGCAAUAUUAGAAUAUAACCUGCACUUAAGGCCAAAUUCGCUGAUUUUCAAUUUAUGGAGAAAACCACCCAUCAAUGUAUACAUUCAAAUGUAUAUAUUUAACAUUACCAACGAAGAAAAAUUCCUCAAAGGCGAGGAAAAAUUGAAAGUCGAAGAAAUUGGACCCUAUGUGUAUCAGGAAAUCUUAGAAAAUCAGAAUGUCACGUGGCACAAUAACGGCACGAUUUCGUACAUACCUAAAAGAACGGUAGUGUAUGUCCCAGAAAUGUCUGUAGGAGAUCCAGAAAAGGAUUUGGUACGCGUCCCAAAUAUACCCAUGUUGGGUCUAUCUUCGACAUUGCACGAUGCCGGAUUUUUCGUAAAUUAUCCUUGGGCGAAUCUAGUUAAUUUGCUGAACAGCAAACCUAUUCUGAACAUCACCGUUUACGAUUAUCUUUGGGGCUACGAGGACACUCUGGUUAAUGUAGCGAGCACCGUCCUGCCAAGCUUCAUCGACUUCCGGAAGUUUGGUUUACUCGACAGGAUAUACGACGAAGGAGAGAAUGUCGUCUUCAUGAACGUCGAGGGUAACAAAAAUAUGACUGACGAGAAUGGACGUUAUCUCAGUAUCGAAACGUACAAUGGCAGUCCAGGAUUGGCUCAAUGGGGAUAUAAUGAACCGGAAGGAAACGAAACACACCCAGAGAACACGAUCUGUAAUCGUGUUCAGGGUUCCACCGAAGGAGAAUUGUUCCCGGGGAAUUUAGAUAAGCGCACCGUAUUCAGAGUGUUCAGAAAAUCGUUUUGUAGAGCGAUACCGAUCGUUUUCAAAGAGCAAGUGUUGCUGGAAAACGGAUUCGAGGGAUAUCUCUACAGCAUGUCGGACGAUUUCCUGGAUCCGCCGGAUCAGAAUCCGGAAAAUAAGUGUUUCUGUAGUAAGUUGAAGAAAUGCCUGAAGAAAGGACUUUCCGACAUAACACCAUGCUAUUACAGUAUCCCAGCAGCAAUGUCUCUGCCACAUUUCCUCAAUGCCGAUCCAAGUUUACUCGAAGGAGUCGAAGGCCUCAAUCCCGACCCCGAGAAGCACACCGCGAAGAUCAUUCUGGAACCAACGAUUGGCAUCCCGAUGAAAGUUAACUCGAGAAUACAGGUCAACCUGGUUAUGUACCCUACGAAGUACAACCACAAAAUCAAGGUUUUCAACGACAUGACGAUACCAUUAUUUUGGAGCGAUCUGACUAUACUUACGAUGCCGGACGACAUACUUCUUAUCAUGAAAUUGGCCGUUCAUGUGCUUCCGAUAGCAGAGACAGUAAUAAUGUGGUUACUAGCGAUCGCAGGGGUCACGAUGAUCGUGUCAUCAAUACCAAUCAUGGUGAGGACCAUCAAUCAACAACAAACACCGCUUCUAUAUGAGAGGAGGGACAGCACCGAUUUAAGGAUACCGUUGAACUACGGCCAAUACACGACAAUGCGUAUUUUACCAGCCAUCAAAAAGAUCACGUCAAAAACCGAUCUGUUUAGUUAAUCGACCGCCUCUCGCGAGUAUCUACGGAGCUAAAGGUCGUACAAAAGUGUUACAACGUUAAAAUUAAUAAAAAAUAUCUUUGCAUUCCUUAAAUAAAAAAAAGACAAAAUAAUAAUAACGAGAUAAAUGUAAGCCCUCGUACGCGUUUGUCCUCGCGGUGUUUCUCGACUACUUUUAACAGACUCGGAAUACGGAGGUAUAGGGUGUAUUCUACGUUACGGUACACAUUCAGGGUUUCGUGCUAAAAAUAUUCCCUUUGUGGAUCGAUAUUAUUCUCCCAGGACGUUAUUACCGUGUGCCUCAACCCUUUUUUGAUUCUGAUUGAUUCAUAAUAUUUCAACUUAUUUUACUUUUCUUUUCUUUUUUUAAUGAUAACCUAAACGCAUUCGAUCGCAUCUGCCAAGUUGGGAUAAUUGAAGCUACACCAACAUCGCCUUUUUUUAGGCAGAAAGAGUCGCAUAAAUGUUAAUGAUGGAUUUAAACUUUGAGGGCAUAGAUCGAAAAAAACAAUGUUGUCAGAGUUAGUAGGGUUUCCGAUCUUGAUAACGUAAAUGAUUUCGUCGUAUACGAUUUUGAAAAAUGGAAUUAUCUUACCCGUAAACUUUUGAUAUCUAUAAAAUGUCCUUCCGUUUUCACGCAUGCUUCGUAUCUUCGUACUUAUGUAUUAUAUGAUUUAGUGAGUACUAUAUGCCCUCAAAGUUUACAAACAUUUGUUUUAAUAUUCCGUGUACAUUUGACAGAUUACCGGGUGCUCCAUCUAGGUACACAUGUAUGUAGCUACUUGUAUGGGACUAACCGAAACAAGAAUUUCUCGUAUAGAAAAAGAUUGGAAUUUUAUUAAUUUGCAAUCUGACAUCUCGUUUACAAGAUAUAAUUGUGUUAAAAUGAGAAAUUUUUAUAUUUCGAUUUGUCUCGUUCUUUUGUGACAUCCUUAACAUAAGAUGUAACAUAAUCAACAUAACUGCAUGUACAUAGAUAGAUAUGUAUUUACAUGCACAUGUAUAAUAAGUUGAAGAAAAAAUGAAUAUUAUUGGCAAUAUACUCUAAUGUGACGAUACAACAGACGAAUAUUAUAGUUUGUUGAAAAGAAAAGACUUUACUUAUAUGUAUUACUGAUUGUGCAAUCGCAAGAACAAAAAAUUUUAAAGUAAUGAUCGUUGAUGUAAUUACAUUCUGUUUUCGUUGAUGUUGCUUAUCGAAAUUUAAAUUGUCUUGACAAAUUUCCGUUUUUCCUUGUAGUAUUCGGACGAAACAUUUUUAUACGUAUUGGUGCAUUCUGUAUUUUAUUUACUUUUCAACAAAGAUAUUAUUGAAAAAUUUCUACUUUUUAACGAAUAUAAAAACUCAAUUGAAUAUUCAAUUUUACUACUAAAUGGAUUAGUU